AUGGUGACGCUUCGUAGCCACACACUAGAGAAGACCAGACGCUCGUCUUGGGCUUUUCUCCCUCAAGAGAUCCGCCGCAUGAUCCUAGAGGAGAUCUCUCGUCAAAGACGAUGGGGUUGUGCGUCCGCUGUUUGUAAAGAAUGGCAUGCCCUUAUUGCACCGAAGAAUCUCAACCGACUGGAGUUGAACAGAGCAUCCGCCGAGGGCCUGAAAACGAUCAUUCUGCAGAGACACAUCAUUCGCCGAAUCCACCUUAACAUCGAGCUCCCUUCUUAUGCCUGUCGGCGGUGUCAGCGAGUUUCUGGUUUAUGGGAGCCAGCAAAGCUCAUCAAAAAGGCGCUACGAAAGCUCUCUGGAGCGCUCGAAACCUGGGAGCCCACAGAUCGUAUAACGUUGGAACUCAAUAAAACUUGGGAUGAUCCAAAACACGGCUGGGUUAAAGGGAAGCAGGUGACGCUUCCAAACGCAGCCUCUAUCCUGCAGCUAUUCGAAACGAUCAGUCCGGAGAUCGCGGCUGGCGCGAAACCCGCACAAGUCCCUGCCGUCAAGGGCAUUGUGAUCCGCCGACAGAUGCGACGUAGAAUCAACCCGUCAACGCUCUGCAUCCUGCUGGAGCGGUUUCCAAAUGUGGAGAGCAUCGACUACGAGCCGUGGCGGGAUCUGUGCCACUCACUCGAUGAAAAUGGCUUGAUUUACGGACGUCAUGACCUCAUGAUGCAGGUUCUGCUUCGCAAACUGCCCCAGCACGUCAGAUCAGUGACUAUUUUCGAAGAUUUCAACGAACAGACCAUGGAGGCUAUUCGCAACGACAUGGACCCGUCCAUCAUCAGUAUGUCCAUGCAAAUAGAGACUCGCCGGUUCACAAGAUCUGAGUUGGGGGAAGCCUUCGCUGUGAAGAGCCGUGACCUCGAACAUCUUUCUGUGGCGUUUAUGAUCGAUGCUCGAGACUUCCUCAGAUCUUGCAAGAUGCUCAGUGACUGGCCUCGGCUCCGAUCGCUGAUACUCACAGCGCCGAUCAUGACGAAAGGAUCUCGGGACAGUAUAUUUGGCUUGUUGGUCAAUACUGGCGAGGUUGCGCAACAGAUGCUGCAUUUGAAGAGUCUCACCAUCUGGCACUGCUCUCGCGAGAAGGCCUGCGCAGUCAUCUUCCACAAGAACGAAAGGGAAGACAGAAACGGACAUGAUUCGGCGACCCUAACAUGGCGAGGAACACGCGAUUUCGAUUUCAGUAAAGAGGUGGUUGAGACAUGGCAGAAAGUCGUUCUACACAUGAUUGAGCGAGUGGAGGACGAAAUCAUCUCUCAUGGCGAUGCCAUCCAUCAUCUCCGUUUGCCUGAUGGUGUAAUUGAUCCUACAUCGCUGCGGCAGAUACGCCAGGAAGGGACAUUGCAAAGAGAGGCCUGGGCAGUGGAAGCUGAGCCCAGUGGAUGGACCUAAGGAAGAUCCAUAACGAAGCUGUUAUCAAUAGGAAAUAUGAUCACUGUGGUGACAUGAGCUGUUUGGGAAACAAAAGGAAUACUGGCGCUGAUUAUAAUUGAUUGUGGAAGAAG